AGAGGUUACUUCGACCCGGGAUUAACAACAGCCAGGUAGAGAGAGCUCGACAUCCCCUGUUCCCUGACUAUAGGCGGCGCACCAUCCUUCCUUUCGCCAUCACCGCUUCCUCCGGCGCGUCCGCUGCGUGGUCCUCGCUGGCGAUCGCCACCGGAAUCCUUAACGCGCACUUCUGCCUCUCUUCUCUCAGCCAUCCAUCCUGUCGCCCUCUCCAGCGUUGGCGUCGCCAGCCCCCACGACAAAACUGGGGUUCCUUCAUAUCUUGCCGGGCUUUCCCUUUGAUCGCAAAAGGAAGGACUCGAUCGGGGCCCCUCGCCAUGCCUCGAUACUACUGUGAUUAUUGUGACACUUACCUCACGCACGAUUCACCAUCUGUCAGAAAACAGCACAAUGCUGGCUACAAACACAAGGCAAAUGUGCGUUCAUAUUAUCAACAAUUUGAGGAGCAACAAACUCAGAGUUUAAUUGAUCAAAGAAUUAAAGAGCAUCUUUGGCAGGCUGCAGCAUUCCAACAAGUGGGUGCAACUUUUAACCAACACCUGAUGUCUCUCCCAGGAAACCCUCAGAGGCCCCGUCUUCCUGUGUUAACCCCACCUAUCAUGUCAGGUAUCGCCAAGGGCGAAGAUGUGCAGAAGCAUGAAAAAAGGUGCUGUAGUUCUGAUAUAUACUCUGUGGCCUUCAAUGAUUGACAGUUGAAGCAAUACCAAACUGAGCCCAUUUUGAUUUAUCAACUGUGUCCAGAGUACUUGGCCUUUGAAAGGACUUUUGCUUGUUUGAUAAUCUUGAUCAAGUUUGGGCACUUCCAUGAUCCAUUUCCUACUAGUUCUUCAGAUUCAUCAAUUUAUUGUAGGCUCUGGACACACAAUUCCCUUAUGGUCAUUGAAUGAGCUCUGUUGGGGUCAUCAUUCGAUGGCUGAUAUGUGGAAGAUGUUUGUCAGUCAUCAUCAAGGAUGUAAGAUUCAAACAUUGAUUACAACUGAAAGAUUUUGAAGAA